AUGGACAUAAAGCCUUCAGAUUUUGCAGAGAAGGAGAAGUCCACAGCAAAGGCCCUGGGUGAUGUAAAGGCAAACUUUUACUGUGAAUUAUGUGACAAGCAGUAUCACAAACACCAGGAGUUUGACAAUCAUAUUAAUUCUUAUGAUCAUGCUCAUAAGCAGAGACUUAAAGAAUUAAAGCAACGGGAAUUUGCUCGAAAUGUAGCUUCUAAGUCUUGGAAAGAUGAAAAGAAACAAGAAAAAGCACUUAAACGACUUCAUCAGUUGGCUGAGUUAAGGCAGCAAUCUGAAUGUGUUUCUGGGAAUGGACCAGCAUACAAAGCCCCCAGGAUAGCCAUAGAAAAGCAACUCCAGCAAGGAAUUUUCCCCGUUAAGAAUGGCAGAAAGAUAUCAUGCAUGAAGAGUGCACUUCUCCUUAAAGGAAAAAAUCUUCCCAGAAUCAUUUCCGAUAAACAGCGGUCCACCAUGCCAAAUCGACACCAAUUACAAGCAGACAGGUGUUAUUUGUUUGGAAAUCGGAUACCGCAAACAUCUUCAGAUCUCAGCAAUGCAAAUCACAGAACAGGAGUAUCAUUUUCUUUUUCCAAAAAAGUGCACCUAAAAUUAGAGUCUUCAGCAUCAGUUUUCAGUGAGAACACCGAAGAAGCCCAUGAUUGUAACAAGUCACCCAUUUAUAAAACAAAACAAACUGCAGAUAAAUGCAAGUGCUGCAGGUUUGCAAAUAAAGAUACACACCUUACCAAGGAAAAAGAGGUAAACAUCUCACCAAGCCAUCUGGAAAGUGUUUUACACAAUACCAUCUCCAUAAACUCUAAAAUUUUGCAAGACAAAAAUGACUCUAUUGAUGAGACACUAGAAGAUUCAAUUGGCAUUCAUGCUUCGUUCUCUAAAUCUAACAUUCAUCUUUCAGAUGUAGAUUUUACUCCUUCCAGCAGAGAAAAAGAAACUAGAAAUACAUUGAAGAACACUUUAGAAAAUUGUGUUAAUCACCCAUGCCAAGCAAAUGCUUCCCUCAGCCCACCAAACAUUUACAAGCAUAGUGAUGCCAGGAUAUUUGAAUGUCUGGAUGAGUUUUCAUCACCAGAGCCAAGUGAGCAAAAGAGUACAGUGCAUCUGAAUCCAAAUUCCAGAAUAGAGAACAAAGAAAAAUCUUUAGAUAAAACAGAAAGAGUUAGCAAAAAUGUUCAAAGACUUGUAAGAGAAGCAUGUACCCAUAAUGUGACAUCUAAAUCACUGCCUUUUCUCCACGUUCAAAGCAAGGAUGGCCACACCACUCUUCAAUGGCCUACAGAACUUCUGCUGUUUACAAAAACAGAACCCUGUAUCUCUUAUGGCUGCAACCCACUGUAUUUUGAUUUUAAGCUUUCUCGGAACACAAAGGACGGCCACAAUCCAAAGGACUUAAAAACAGAAUUGGGUAAGAAGCCCUUGGAAGUGAAGACUAAAAGAGAGAGCCAAGUCUCAGGUUUAAUCAAAGGCCAACAAAAAUUGAACCAAGAAGAUAAUGAAUAUCUGAAACCAAAGAUGAUGAUAGGUAAUCUGGAUUGGGAAAAAUUCCAAAGAAAAUAUAAUUUGGACUACAGUGAUUCUGAGCCAAAUAAGGGUGAAUAUAGUUUUAGUGCAAAUGAUUUGGAAAUGAAAAAUCCUGAAGUGCCUCUUUACCUCAAUAUGUCUCCAAAGGAUUGUGCUGGAAAGAAUAACAAUAGUGAGAAUGAACUUAAAGAACCCACAGGGGCGCAUUGGCAAGGCUGCAGAAAGGUAGUUCUAAAUGAUACGGAUGAGGGCCUAUCUUUUCCUACCUACAUCUCUAGGACUAAAAAGCAUAAACUGAUUUCUUGCAAUCCUCGAUCACAGUUUGAAGAUGAAAGGCAAUUCAACUACAAGUCCAGUCCUUAUACGAUAGAGGGUCAUGGUGACCAUGGGAAAGACUUCCGUGUAAUUCUGAAGAGCAACCACAUCAGCAUGACCAGCAAGGUUUCUGGAUGUGGAAACCGAAGAUACAAGAGAUGCUCUCCAAAGUCUUCUUUGAAUAGGCAUUCCUACCCUUCAGAAACAUCCCCUAGCAACAUGUCCAGCCUCAGAAGUACUUGUUCAAGUCAUAGAUUCAAUGGUAAUAGCAGAGGUAAUUUGCUCUGCUUCUGUAAAAGACAACACAGUUCAGUUGAAAGGCACAAAUGGAAAUGUCGAAAGCACAACUGUCUCUACUUGUCUGAUGAAAUAACUAAGAGCAACCAAAUGCCAUCUGAAAAACAGAAAGAGAGAAACUGCAAAUUGUGGGAAUCAUUUAAAAAUGAAAAAUACUCAAAACGUAGAUAUUGUCACUGCAGAGAAAGACAAAAACUGGGCCAAAAUCUACAACAAUUUUCAGGGCCAAAAUCUACAAGAAUCAUUUAUUGUGAUUCUAACUCACAGAUUUCCUAUACUGGAAGUGGUGAAAAACCACCUAAUUGCCAGGGAACUCAGCAUGACAGAUUGGACUCUUACUCAAGAGAAAAAAUUUAUUACUUGAAUAAAAGCAAGAGAAAUCAAGAGUCUUUGGGCAGCCCCCACAUUUGUGAUCUUGGAAAAGUCAGGCCCAUGAAUUGUAACUCCGGGAAUAUCAGCUGCCUUCUAAACAACUGUUCCAGUGGCCCUCCAGAAAGCACAGAAUUAAACAUUACAGAAGCAGAGAGGACCCCUCUAACAGCAAAAAGCCUUUUAGAAAGAGUACAAGCCAAGAAAUGUCAGGAAAAAUCAAGCAAUGUUGAGGUCUCUUCAAGCAGUUGUAAAAAUGAAUUAGAGGCUCAUUCGCAAGUCCCAUGCACAAUUCAGCUUGUACCAUCAGGCUGUAACAGAGAAGAAUUGCCUUUGUCUGAAAAAAUACAGUAUGCAAGUAAGAGCAGAAAUGAUCAAGACAGUGCAAUUCCAAGGACUACAGAGAAAGACAAAAGCAAAAGUUCACAGACAGAUAGUUGUACAAUUUUAGCAGACACUGAUUGUGAUAAUCAUCUUUCUAAGGGUAUAAUUCACCUGGUAACAGAGUCUCAGUCACUAAACAUAGAAAAGAAUCCAAUAGCAAAACAACAAUCAAAACCUUUAACUGGUGAAAUCCAACCUUUUAUUCAAAGCUGUGACCGAGUGCCAAAUGAAUUCCCUGGUGCUUUUCCAUCUAAUAGGUAUACUGGUGUUACUGAUUCAACAGAGACCAAAGAAGACCAAAUAAAUCUAGACUUACAGGAUGUAAGCAUGCAUAUAAAUCAUGCAGAGGGAAAUAUAAACUAUUCCUAUGACAAAACUAUGCAGAAGGCUGACAAAGUCGAAGACGAAUUAGAAAUGUAUCAUAAAUCUAUCUCUCCCCCUUUAAUUCAACAGCCCAUAACAUUUUCUCCUGACGAAAUAGAUAAAUAUAAGAUCCUACAGCUACAAGCCCAGCAGCAUAUGCAGAAGCAACUCCUAUCAAAGCAUCUUCGAGUUUUGCCUGCUGCAGGACCUACUGCCUUCUCUCCGGCCUCAACCAUACAGACCGUUCCAGUUCACCAGCACACUUCUGUCACCACCAUCCACCACACAUUCCUGCAGCAUUUUGCUGUUUCUGCUUCCUUAAGUUCUCAUAGCAGUCACCUCCCUAUUGCUCAUCUUCAUCCUCUUUCACAGGCACAUUUCACUCCUAUUUCAUUUUCGACUCUGACUCCAACCAUUAUCCCUGCACAUCCCACCUUCUUAGCAGGUCAUCCCCUGCAUUUAGUAGCAGCUACCCCCUUCCACCCAUCUCACAUAACACUUCAGCCCCUGCCCCCUACAGCAUUUAUUCCUACACUGUUUGGCCCUCACUUAAACCCAGCCACAACUUCUAUCAUCCACUUGAAUCCUUUAAUCCAACCAGUAUUCCAAGGUCAAGAUCUUUGCCAUCAUUCUUGCUCUAGCCAGAUGCAACAGCUAAAUGAAGUAAAAGAGGCCUUAAAUGUGUCCAUGCACUUGAACUAAUAAGUGUUAAAGUCCCUCUUGUGGAUAUUUUUUUUAAUUUUCACUACCUAUAAAAUAAUAUAUUUAAAACAGCCUAUCAAUUAUAAGAUUUAAAAUAUUGCUGCCAAUUCAAAAUGUGACCAAUAUAUAAUUAUGACCUGAAUUGCCAAUAUUAAAACAAGAGCAUUUUAAUAAUUUUUUAGCUUGCCAAAAUAAUAGGCAAAUUUAAAAUAAUUUUAUGAAAGGGUAUAGGGAAGAGGGAAAAGGGUGAAAGAUUUGUUUUGGAUGGGUUUUCACGUAAUGUUAUAAAAUAGCAACAGAAAACAUUCAAGCAGAGCAUUAAAAUUAAAAAGAAAAAUCAAAUGAAAUAUGGCACCCUGUAUUCUAAGUGUUUGUUAUGAGAAUGAAUAAGUGUUGAUUUGGCUUAUUUGUUAGAUAAUAAAAGGUCAGCGAAAUGAAGCGAUUAUUAAAAGUAAUUUCUAUGGUUAACUACUAAGUUUUCAAUUAAUGUAGUCCGUUACUGUAUUUUCAUAGGAAAUAAGAACAAGACAUUUUCUGAUUAGGUUGAAAAUUAUACUUCAGUAAAAACAAUCUUUAUAGAUUGUACUUUUGAGUUUCUGUGAAAAAUAAAUUACCUUCAUUUCACAUAAAUCUAUGUCAAGAUAAUUUUGUAAGUAUAAGAAUCAGCAAAAUCUAAAACUAAGAAUGUUUAACUUUUGUAUUAAAAAAGAUACAACUAUCAUUAGUAUUUGAUAAAGCAAACUCUAAAAUGUACUCAGAAUAACCUUUUAAAUAUAUUGGUCAAUCUAUCAAAUAGUACAGGAAUUAAGAUGUUAAGUGUUUAUUAUUCUUCUUCUCAAAGGUUUUACUAUGUUCAGCUAAUAUACCUGUAAGGAUAGAAGUAAAGGUUUGAAAAUGUCGAUGUUUUUACAUGUUUCUUGAAGAUAUUAAAUAUCUGGUGUGUUUUAUUCAAUUGUGCUAGAUAUUUAUGGAACAAUGAAUGAUGAUGAAUAAAAUCACCAUACAUGUAAUUUUGCAAACAAUUUCAAACAUUCAAAAUGGUUUUUGGCCCACAAAAUGUUUAUUUCAUACAUCUAUAUUGGUGCAUGAUCCUAGAGUUAGGCUUAUUAUUUUAUGUUCUUAAGCUUGAGUUUCAGAGAAAAUCAAACUUAACAGAAAUGGAGGUGGUCACUUAUCUACUAAUGCUGCCUAUACGAAGAUGCAAACUCCUCUACCACUAGAAGAUUAGAGGAUGUCUUCUUCAGCCUUGGCUUCAAAAUGAAGACAGCUAUAUUUACUUAAGGUCUGUUGUGAUUCAGGUAGAGUCACCCUAACCACUUGUUUGCAUUAUCUUCUUUACUUUUCACAACUGUAUUUUUAAAUCAGUAUUAUGAUUCCUUAUUAUAGAUAAGGAAAAUGAAGUAGAAAAGUUAAAUACUAAAUACUUGGUAAACAGUAGGAAAGGACAUCUUUGAUUCAGGAGAGACGGUGAGAGGUGAGAGAGAAAGAG